AUGCGUGAUGAGCUACACGAUCGGAUCUUUCACCUAGAGGGUGUUUCACAGUACAAGCGUUAUGACAGAUUUGAAACUUCCACUACAGGUGAGGAAAAUCCCCAUGAGCUUCUGCGAUUAUUAAGGCCCAACGACUUUCACCAAGAGCCUAAAUAUGUUUUCUUCGCGGAUGUUGCUCCUUAG